CCUCACCACAUUUUUGGUUUGUGCCGGGAAGCUAGAAACAACUUGCUUUUUUUGGAGGAGCAAACCAUAAUUUUCCCAAGCGGAAACAAUUGCGUGCUCUACGAUGACCAAGUUCAUUCCAGGUGCAAUGCCAUGCCGACAGGGGCCACAGGGCAUACAGGCGCUGGCUAUUAGCCCAGACCGGCGCUACCUGGCUGUGUCAGAGCGCAGAGAACAGGGUAUCAUCACUGUCUAUGACAUACAAAGCGAGCAGUGCUCCAAGAGACAGGUACUGACAGGCGGCAGCGACAGCAUCCAUGAGUUCAUCUGCAUGGCUUUUUCUGCCGACUCCAAGUACCUGCUGGGUCAGUCUGGAGGACCCGCUUGGAACCUCUUCUAUUGGGAGUGGGAGAAGAAUGAGGUUAUUGCCAAAGUGAAGACCAAAAGGCUUGGCUUUGUCAGUCAGGUCAGCUUUAAUCCGAAGGACAACACACAGGUUUGCGUGAGUGGAAAUUAAGUCUUCAAGAUUUUCACAUUAGAGAACAACUUCCUGAAUCAGACCAGCUCGUUUGAGAUGGACCUACAAAACAUCAUGUCCCAUGCAUGGAUGUCUGAGGACUGCAUCAUCUUAGGGACAGAAACUGCUCACGUUGAAGGCCGGACACUGGCACAAGCUGAGGAGGCCUUCUGAGAGGCGCAUCACUGCCAUCACGCAGUUCUCUAAAGGCUUUGCCUGUGCAGCUGGGCCGGGGCUAGUUUACCUUUAUGAGAAAAUAGAGGAGUACAGCUACAGGAAGACUAAACAAAUAAGAAUUAGCCAUAAGCACACGCCAAGGUCAAAUCUACCACGUCACCCUCGCC